GAGGAGAAACAGCGGCCUUUAUCAUCGGAACUGCAGGUCGCCGCGCGGCACGUUGCUAGCUAGCUGCAAUGCUGUAGCUGUUAGCGCGGUCAUCGCUCUGCUUUCCGGUGCUCCACCCUCACCCCCGCUGCCAACAGAGCUCCACCCGCUCACCCCUCACCGUCCUCCGGCUUCUUAUUCCUCUCUCUCCGCCCGUUAGCCCCUAGCUAACUCCUUAGCUAACUCCUCAGUAGCCGUCGCUUCCCUGAGCGGCUGGAGGAGCAUGGCGAUGAGACAGACCCCCCUCACCUGCUCCGGUCACACCCGGCCUGUGGUAGACCUGGCCUUCAGCGGAAUCACCCCGUAUGGAUACUUCCUCAUCAGCGCCUGCAAAGAUGGUAAGCCCAUGUUGCGCCAGGGAGACACAGGGGACUGGAUCGGAACGUUUCUGGGUCACAAAGGCGCCGUCUGGGGAGCCACUCUGAACGCAGACGCCACCAAGGCCGCCACGGCAGCAGCUGAUUUCACAGCGCUGUGGGACAGCAGAUCCAUGGAGGAGGUGAAGACUCUGAUGUUUGAAACGUCCGUUAGCAGCAUGGAGUACGUCGCUGAUGGGGAGAUCCUGGUGAUAACCUACGGAAAGACCGUGGCGUUCUACAACGCUCUGAGUCUGGACCUGAUUAAAACCGUGGAGGCGCCGGCUCCCAUCAACUCGGCCUCCCUGCAUCCAGACAAGGACUUCUUUGUCGCCGGCGGCGAAGACUUCAAGCUCUACAAGUUUGACUACGGCACCAAGGAGGAGCUGGAGUCCUAUAAAGGCCAUUUCGGUCCGGUCCACUGUGUGCGCUUCAGCCCUGACGGGGAGCUGUACGCCAGCGGCUCAGAGGACGGGACGCUACGCCUGUGGCAGACGGCGGUGGGGAAGACCUACGGCCUGUGGAAGUGCGUCCUUCCUGAGGACCUGGGAACGGAGAACUCAGAGCAGCUGUACAGCACCACCCCCGAGAUCAAGGCCUGAGGACGGGGAGAAGAGAAACGAGGACGAGGAGGCGUGCCUGAAGGCUAGCUGCAGUCUUUUAGCAGGCCACAUGGAGGAGCAGCAUCCAGAGCGUCUCCAUCCAGCAGGAACUGCUGUUCCAGCCUGACUGCUCUGUUUGUCAUCGCCCAAUAAUCUCUCACCCUUUCCUUCUUUUAAAGUCCUUGGGGCAGUUUGGGCUGCAGAGGAAACCAGUAGAGCUGUGAGUGGAGGUCACCGCUGCCUGCUUUCUGUCUGAUCAGCCGCGUUCUGAAGGCCUCAACUUCUUUUAAAUUCCCCAAAUGUUGAGAUGCUUGGCUCAGUUUCGGUUUGAAAUGUGGCUCCUAAGAAGCUGGACCAAGGCUUUAGUUUUCAGUUCAUACCAGAGGUAGUGGCACUGUUUGUGCUUUGAUUUCUCCCUACAGGAUGACUUUGAGUAUUUACUGCUGUUUUACUGGUUCAAAUAAAAGAAUAUUGUUUUGUGAUGACAUGGAAAUGGAAAAAGUGUCGCUGAGAUCUUCUAUGUUGCUUUUUCAUUUGUGUCCAAUGUGAAAUAAAUGAACUUUGGUUUUAUUUCUAA